UCUACUGCUUAUCCUUAUGAGGGUCGCGGGCGUGCUGGAGCCUAUCCCAGCUAUCUUCAGGGCGAGAGGUGGGGUACACGCUGGACUGGUCGCCAGCCAAUCACAGGGCACAUAUAGACAAACAACCAUUCACACUCACAUUCAUACCUAUGGACAAUAUGGAGUCGCCAAUUAACCUAGCAUGUUUUUGGAAUGGAAACCGGAGUACCCGGAGAAAACCCACGCAUGCACGGGGAGAACAUGCAAACUCCACACAGAUCCUUUCUCGCAAGUUUUCCAAGUGUCUAUUUCCUCUCCUCUUUGUGUCAUCUACUAAUGAUAUAUGUGUAGUAUUUUUUCGUUGUACUGUUCUUAAAACGGUUAAACUAUCAUCUCAUCUUGUCUCCUUCGGGAGGUUACAGGUCACCUUCCAAACACUAUGGUUUGUGAUAACUUUGUGACCCACUGGUGUUGGUACCGAUAACCAUAGAACUUCCUAGUGGUCCAUGUGUUGGCUUAGGUAGCACUAUCACUUUUAAUAGGGCUUAGUAGCUUUGGAGUGGGCCUGAGCCGCUUAGUCACACACCAUAUGCUUGUCAUAGAGACAUGGAGCCAACGCUCAGCCUCACCUCCCUCAACCCUGGCCUUUGGGGCCCACUUUUUGCUGGCUUAACAUGGCUCGAGCAUCUGCGCAGGAAAUGUAGGGCAUAGCCGUCCGCCUAUCUCUCUGCACACUGCUUUUAAACUGCUUCGGUCAAGAGCCGCGAGCUAUUCGUCGUGCUGAGACGCCAUCAACGCUGCUGCUCAUGUUGGCCAUGAGAUUCAGGUCCAGGAGUAAAGAAGGGAGGCAGGAGGAGGAGGAAGAUGAGGAGGUGAAAUUUGAGGAAAUGAUUCCAAAGUCAGGAAAAUCUCCGGCAGACUCACGGAAAAGUGUCGGCAUCCAUGAGUUUGCAGCGCUGGCCAGGUCGUCCUUGAACGGUAUCUCUCAGGCUGUCAGGGACCAUGUGACCAAGCCCACCUCCCUGGCCCAGGGCCGGGUAGCCCACCUCAUCGAGUGGAAAGGUUGGCCUAAACCUGUGGACCCUCCUCCGGCCGCCCACUUCAGCUCUUACUGCCAUCUGACUGAAGGAGAGAAGGAGGCGCGCUUCGCUGCAGGAGUGGCUGAGCAGUUUGCCAUCGCUGAGGCCAAGCUCCGAGCCUGGGCUUCCAUGGAUGACGACGAGGAGGAUGACUCCAACGACGAAGAUACCCACGCCAAAGCGGGGACGUUCACCAGUCAAAGCACGUCAGACGCCACCGCAUCCCACCCAACUUCCGGAGUGCCAUGCCCGUCUGAGGUCAGCGAGACUCCGCCCCCAGAGAACCCCCAUACCGAGUCCCAAAAUGAUCCUUCUCCUUCCCUGAGCGAGUGCACCAGUCCCGAGGAGGACUGUCACUCGGUCCCUCAGAGCGAGAAAGAGCACGGCGAGGUUUGCGUCCACCACAAGCCCGAGUGGAGGCCCCGGGGGAGGAGCAGCCGCUUCGACUCCUGCUACUCCACCUCCCACUCGGAGUCUCCCGGAGAAGAGGAGGAAGAGGAUGAGGACGUAUUCCAUGAGGUCCGGAUGUGGCACUCCAGAGGCUUCCUGUCUGACCGGGCCUCUUCUGGGGUGGCGUCCUUUGAUGAGGAGGAGGAAGAUGAAGAGAAGAAGGAAGAUAAAGAGUAUUUGAUGUGAUGUGCUGUCCAUGUUCAUGUCUCUCUGACUGUGGAUAUGACAUCAUCUGUUCUGCUGUUCGUCUUUCCGUCGCUGCCUUGUGUCCCCCCGCCCCCCCACCCACCCCGCCCUCUUCCAGGCCUUCCACAAUUCACCACCAACAUAUCCACUGGGAGCGUUUGUCCAAGCAGAAUGUAAAGCUGUCGUGCAGACUGAGUUUUGUACAUUUCUUUUUGUCAAGUGUUGCUAUGGCGUUGUUUUUUCUAUGGAUAUUUUGUAGUGUUGUUUUACUGGGGGUCAUGCUGAUGUGUCACGUGUUGAUACUGAAUGUCCUGCAGUGUCUCACAAGCUAGCCCUCACAUUUUAUUACAUCUUCUCAAGGGAUAAUACUAUAGAAGUGAUAUACUUUAGAGUAGUCGGUGUGCAGAUUGUACUGCAAAAGAAGUCAACACACAGCCACUCCAUUAGCUUAUACUUCCUGUUUGGGCUUCUCGUCAUGUGAGGGAAUCGUGCUCUGCUUCACAAUGUUUGGAACUCAAGUUUCAGCACUCAUGCAGCGCCCCAGACCAUGACAUCACCGUUAUACUAGUCACUUUUGUUACCGGCUACUUUAGUUAAACAAUAAUGGCUGCCGAUUGUCACUUUACAAGCUGUACACUGACUACACUGUAUAGCCAAAUUUCCCUCCUCUAGUAUAGCCUUUUAAGAAGAUACACGGUGAUUAAAUAGUUGCUGAAAUGUGAGGGGUGUGCUCAUUUCUGUGGGAUACUGUUUAUAAUGACUUUCUUCUUGGGAGGGGCUUUCAUUCCCAAGUCACGGAAGACGAUUCGUGCCACAUAUUUGAAAAAAAAAAAAAAAGAAGUCAUGAAUAUUUGGUUGUCACUCAGAAUAAAACACUAAUCAUUUGA